UGCGAGAAAGUAAAGAAAGAGUGCCUGUAAUGAAUAGAUCCUUCGGUUGACAGUUGGAGGUUAGGAACGUAAGACUGUGCUAACUAUCGUAUUUAUCAUAACGAGAAACGUACGCUUUGCGUAUCUGAAUGCAUCUAUGAAGAAUUUCAAUUGAGAUCAAACUUUCUCGUGCCGAGAAAAUAAACAAAUCGAAGUUUAAUUCGUUCGACGAAAUGAAUACUUUAAAUAAUAUAAACACGCAAGAAACGAAUGCAGAGAUGAAACUGCAGAAGAAUGUUCGCCACAACACAGUGAAAAUUUUCAAGUGCUCCGAAUGCGGACUGACUUUCGAUCGUGCCUCGCAACUGGGCUAUCAUUACCGAAGUAUUCAUCUGGGUGAGAGAUCUCAAGUCUGUCAGAUAUGUGGCAAGGGUUUCUUCCGCAAAGCAGACUUGCGCACGCAUUUGAAUGUCCAUCUGGGCACAAAUUUCUGCAUCUGUGAGUUCUGUGGCAGGAAAUUCAAUCACAUCUCGAAUCUCAUAAGGCACUGCAGAGUCCACGCAGGGGUUAAGCCUUAUCUAUGCUCAAUUUGUGAAAGAAGGUUCACGCAGGUUUCUUCGUUAGUAAGACACAAGCAAAUCAUACACGGGAUACCAAAGGAAAGCAUGCGCCAGUAUUGCAGUUCUAGUCUUAUCAGCAAUAAAUCUCACGUCGCCAUGCAUGCAUCUAAGGAAAACGAGACGACGGAUAAUAAUAUUAAAGAUACAUAUCACGAGAAAGUAUGUACGGAAUUGAAAUGCCAGAAUGCUAAUAGGGAAACCAAUGCACAGAAGGAUAAGAUAUCCAGUCAACAUAAUAACGAUGUGAAUAGUACAGCUGUGACAACGUAUUUACCUUUCGAGACUGUCAUCUAUGUCACGUCUAAGCAGUUCGAAGAAGAUAAUUUAGCGGAGAUCGAGAAUCGGUUGUCGCAGGAUUACCUCGCCGGGAUCGAAGAGAAACUCCAGUCCAUCGACCUGUCGACGAGUAAGACCGCUGUCUCGAAUCCUCCGCAGUCGGAUACAGCCGGUAAUCAUGAGACGCAGACGCAAUCCAAAGACAGCGUAAUUUACCUGCAUCAGCUCGACAGGAACAGCUUCACCUUCCUGCCGCGAGACAGGGGGCCCGGUGACGUGGCGCGCGAGAUUCACAGCUUCAAGGAGGAGUCCGUCGCGAACGACGUCGGGAAGUCGCUGGGCAUAGGAGCGAACCUGCCGACGUGCGAUUCCGAUAAGUUCCUGCACAACAAACAGACGUGCAAGGAGAUCACCGGCGAGGACAGGAAGUGUUGCGACAAGACGUUGAACGACGACAACCAGCUGUACAUCGAGCUCUCCGAAUUGGGUCUGUUGAAGUUCGAUGAGUCCCGUUACUGCGGCAACGCGGACUUGGACGCGGUGAAGUCUCAACAUUCCACGAGUAUCGCUGCCGACGACGACGACGACGACGACGACCUAACGUACACCUCCGCGCAGAAUCAUCAGGGCAACUUGGCGCGCGACGAGGAGAAUUCGGCGGCGGGUCUGAGUAACCCGGGCAACGUAGCGUUGAACAACAACGAGGACCCGAUGGUGCAGACGGAGGCGGGCGAGCAGUUCUACGAGUUCAUCAGCAAUCUCGUGGAGAAGAUGCAGGAUUCCGCGAGCGGAGUGGUGGAGAAUCCGCAGGACAAGGCGGAGGGGCCGUCGUCGAGCAACGUCUUCAACGUCGGCCACUGUCCGCGAGAUUCGCGCGGCGUAACCGCCGAGAAGAACGAUCGAAAUGCGACGCAGCCGGCUCUCGAAGAUCUCGCCGACAUGAACAACGAAUUCAGCUACACGCAGUUCGACUUCCACCGGGACGAGAAGAGCUUCACCGUUCUGUGCGAGGCCGAGCGUUAUCAGCGAGAGAAGAGCUUGCAGGCGGCCUACGGUAGUCAUCCCGGCAACCUGGAGCUGCUGGAGAACGAGCCGCACGUGGACUUCGACAAGUACGUCGAGACGAACUUCGAGGUGUUCGAACGGCUGAACUACGAGAACUGCGGCGAGAAGUUCUUCGAGUUCGUCGAGGUCGCCGAUAUCGGCGUGGAGUCGUCGCAAGGGAGCAAGGAGCAGUCACCGAUGGUGUGCCUGACGGUGCAGAACGACGGCGAUCAGCUGCUGGAGCUGCUGCAGGAUUGCCAGAUCACCGAGCAGGAGCCGGACUUCGUCUCCACCGCGACGAGCAAGCUCGGCGAGGAUUGCUCGAAUGUUUUGUCGCGCGACAAAACCGUCGGCUGCACGACGGAGGAUAAGCCGGACUUCUUCACGCUGUACGUCGAGAGUAACGCGCCGUUGGAGGAGAAUCUGAGCAGCGGCGACGACGUUGCAGAUCCUUUGUACACGGAUCUGAUGGUCGACAACGACGGCGUAAGCGCGAGCGACGAGAAUUGCAAGUCGCAGGAGCCGAAGAGGCCGCCGGAGAAGUCGGACAGGCCGGAAAAGCCGAGGCCCUCGCCGAAGAAGUACCAAUGCUCCGUCUGCAAGAAAGCCUUCUCGACGGCUUACAACUACAAACAGCACAUCGGCAUACACUUCGCGGAUCAGCAGAAGUUCCACUGCAAGGAAUGCGGCGUGUCAUUCGCGUGGAAGUCCACGCUGAACAAACACAUGGCGAGCACCCACAGCUCGAACUGGCCGCCGAAAUUCGUCUGCGGCGUCUGCCCGAGGGCCUACAGCACCCUGUCGCAAGUGAACGAACACGUGAAGAGGGAUCACCUGAAGCAGCGCAACCACGUCUGCGAUUAUUGUGGCAAGUCCUUCUUCAAGAGCUUCGACCUGAAGACCCACAGUCGGACCCACACCAACGAACGUCCGUACGCCUGUCGGGUCUGCGGCAAGAGGUUCCACCAUCAGAGCCACAUCAUCCGUCACGAACGCACACACUCGGGCGAGAGACCGUACGUUUGUGUGGUCUGCCAGAAGGCCUUCAUACAGCCCGGCUCGCUGAAAGUGCACGAGCAGAAGCACCGGCAGCUCAAGAUGGAUAUCCUGAAUUACCAGAUCGACGAGGACGACCCCAUCGCGUUGAUGACGUUAUAAGAGAGCGUUAACAUGACCGUUACUGUAGUGUAAGAAAUAACAGCAGGUAUCUCGAUCGCUAUUUUAUCGCCACUGUUAUCGCCACGUUAUUUUUUUAACUAAAAUUGUUUGAGAGGUGA